UGGUACUGCAUUUGAAUAUUCCUCCAUUCUUGUCAUUAUAAAACGAAAGCAAAGCAAAGCAUGGCUCCUAAGGAAUCAAAAUGGGACGACCCUUGUGGCGAGAGUGUCUCUCAUCUGCGUUGAGAACAGCCCUAGCGUGCACCAUAGUGGGGUGCGUCACCCUCUACGCUCCCUCCUCGCUCUGCAACCUCAUAGCCUUCCCUGCAUUCUCCUACGUCACAGCCAUUAUCAUCAUCAUCAACGACGCCACCUUCGGACACGCCUUGCGAGCGUGCUGGCUCGCGCUCUACGCCACCCUUCAGGGCAUUGGCCCCGCCCUCUUCGCCUUCUGCCUCCUCCCACCCAGCCGCUUCAACAAGUUGACCACCGCCGUGGCGGUGGCGCUCGCCGCGUUCGUGGUGGUUCUGCCUUCGCCUCGCUGCACGCACUUGAUAGCUAAACGCAUAUCGUUGGGUCAGAUAGUGCUCGUGUACGUUGUGGCGUAUGAUAAUGGCGUUCACACUGAUCCUAUCAUGCACCCUUUACGAUUAGCGGCUAGCACUGCCUUAGGUGUUCUUGCUUGCGUUCUGGCCUUGAUGCUUCCAUACCCGCGUCUUGCAUGCUACCAGAUGAAUCAAAGCUACAAGCUAUUAACAAUGAAUACCUUGAAGAGAUUGAAGCUUCUUGUAAAAGUGAUAUGCGAGGAGGACAAGACCAUUGCUGUCGGAUUAAUCUCCCAUGCCAAGUCAUUGGUAACUAAGCGAACCAAGCUCGUUUCAAUCAUCAUGCACUACCAAGAGGGCAUGCAAUGGGAGAGACUUCCAAUAAAAAUUUUCAGAUCACACUGCUUGAGCCUAAUAGAAAGACUUGAAGAGGUAGAUACCAAUCUAAUAGGGAUGGAGUUGGCUUUGACUUGCACCAAUUCAUUCCCAUUCAACACUCUCGACGAAGACCUCAAAAAAGGUCUUAAUAACCUUGAGAAGCACGUUAGCCUAACCAUAAAACAAGCCAAACAAACCUUAAGAGGUGGUUCACUAACCGUUCCCGAAUCCAACGCAGAAAACAUAACUCAACUUCUCCAAUCCCUUCAUGCCAUUCCAACAACUCACCAAGAGUUACCCAUUUUCUUCUUCUUAUUUUGCGCCAAACUCCUCCACGAGAAAUCAUUGACCGAACCUCCAACUUGUGCUCAAGACAAAGUUCAUGGAACUUCCAAUUCUCCCAAAGGCAAAGAAAAAUGGGCCAAUUGGGUAGCAACAUUAAGAAGUACAAAUGUUAUGCCAGCAAUUAAGUUCUCUCUCUCUUUGGGCCUUUCAGUGUUCGUGGGCUUAGUAUAUAGCAAGGAAAAUGGGUUCUGGGCUGGGCUUUCAGUGGCCGUGAGCUAUGUUUCGGGGAGGGAAGCCACGUUUAGAGCAGCGAAUGUUAAAGCCCAUGGGACCGUGUUGGGUGCUGUGUAUGGAGUAUUGGGCUGCUUCGUAUUUGAGAGAUUCUUGCCCAUUAGAUUCUUGUCUCUCCUUCCUUGGUUCAUUUUCACAAGCUUCCUUCAGCGAAGCCGAAUGUAUGGGCCUGCUGGUGGCAUUUCUGCAGUUAUUGGGGCCAUUCUAAUUCUUGGUAGGAAAAACUUUGGGCCACCGAGUGAGUUUGCUAUAGCCAGAAUCAUCGAAACCUUUAUUGGGCUUUCAUGUUCUAUUUUCGUGGAUCUUAUUUUUGGGCCCAAAAGAGCUUCCACGUGCGCCAAAAUGGUACUCUCUCAAUGCUUGGCCACACUUGGUGGGUCCAUAGGGAGUUUGAGUCUACUUGCUGGCAAAACCGAUUUGGAAGAUAACCAAAGGAAAUUGAAAAUGCAAGUUAACGAGCUUAGGAAAUUUGUUGUGGAAGCUGAAGCAGAACCCAAUUUUUGGUUUCUACCAUUUAAUAGUGCUUGUUAUAAUAAGCUUUUGGAGUCAUUGUCAAGAGUGGUGGAUCUCUUGUGGUUUGGAGAACAUGCAUUGAAGUUUCUUCAACAAGAAUUCCAAAGAAUUAGGGUUUGUGGGACAGAGGGUGUGCACACGCUAGAGGUUGAACUUGGACAUGUUAAGAAGUUGAUUUGGUCUUCAAUCAAAUGUCUUGAGGAGAUUUCAAGAAUAAAAUCACCUAGGAGUAUUGGAAAAGAGGUUGAGAAGAUGAAUAACUCUUAUGAUCUUGAAACAGGAAAGUCAAGUGAGUGUGAUAUCUGCAUGGUUUCGAGUAUAGGAGAAGAAGGAAUAGAAGAAACUAUUGACACUUUUCUACAACAAUCUAAAAUUGUUGUUGAUAACUUAUAUGAUGAUGAAGGUGACAAGGAAUUGAAGAGUCAAGUUGCUCUAAGUUUGAGUGUCUUAGGGUUCUGCUUGUAUGCAUGUAUACGAGAGACGAUAAAAAUUGAAGAAGCAAUCAAGGAACUUGUUCAAUGGGAAAAUCCCUUUAGUGAAGUUAAUUAAUUUGGAAAAAAUGAUGGGUGGACACAAAUACUAUGUGACACCACUUAGAGAAAGAAGGGAGAGAAGUAUAGGUAUGAGGGGUUAAGAAAUAGAGAAAUAUAGAUAAAUUAUAGAUGUUAGCUAGUAGAGUGUUUAGAGUGAAAUACUAUUCAAAUAUCAUUACUUUAAAUUUGGUGUGAGAUAUCACACUUUUAACAAAUGAAUUUGAAUGUUGAAUAUAUUUA